AUGGCAGAUUUUAUCAUAGAAAAAAUAAAAAUCUUAGAAAUGUUUGGUAUUGUUACGUCUGAGAGCCAUGGACAAAAUUUCCAAUUCUCUAUGAAGCCCGAUGAAUUAGGAAAUGAAAUGACUCCUAACAAUGGAGAUACCGAUUACAGUUAA